AUGUCAGAAACAGAGAAUAUGUCCGAAUUGGCUGCACGCUUAGAUAGACUGGCCGUAGUUUCUCCGCGUCCAUCGUCCAAUGACGGCUCUCUCAGUCCCUCCAUUUCUACCUCCCAUGGCCAGUUGAGCAGCGAUAUCCAGGCGCGUAUAAUGGCAUUUCAGCAAAAGAGACAACAAAUUCACACAACUAAAGACUCUUCUUCGCAGCAGCUGAAGGCUUUGCCUCCUUUGCCUCCUUUGCCGCAAGUCCCUCCCAUCCAACUGCCAAGUGCUGCGUCACUACGCCCUGCUUCUGCUGAUAGUGUUACUGGAUCAGGCUUACUAGCCUCUCCUCCAAUUGAGCUCCCCGAUCAGCAUGUACUGGCCCCUGCGAAAAUCCCACCACACACUGCAACGGUCAAAGCUGAAUCCCAACCUCUUAAGCCUUCCUUGUCACAACGUAGAGGAAUGAAACUUAAUAUGAAAGAAAUGUCGAGUCCAUUGGCUGAACAACAUAUGAAUUCUACCGGUGAAUUGGCUAGAAGACUAUCGGAGCGCAAGAACAGGCCGGAUUUCAAGUUGAACUUGAGUGAAACCCCAACCCUGAGCUCCAGCUCAAUCGAUGCUACUCCUACUGAUGUGAGCAGCGAGACAAGUUCUCCUUCUAAUGUCAAAUUGCAGGGUUUGUUUGCAAACUAUUCGAAGUAUGUGGACAUAAAAUCCGGAUCAUUAAAUUUCGCAGGCAAAGCCUCUCUCAAUUCUGAGGGUGUGAACUUCCUGUCCGGUCUGUCAUUCAAGAUUUCCCUCGAUGAUUUGCAAUUUAUUGAGGAACUUGGACGCGGAAAUUACGGUACCGUUUCUAAAGUUUUGCAUAAGCCAACUGGUGUUUUAAUGGCAAUGAAAGAAGUCAGGUUGGAGCUUGAAGAUAACAAGUUCGCACAAAUUCUCAUGGAGCUAGACGUUCUCCACAAAUGUGACUCGCCAUACAUUGUCUAUUUCUAUGGUGCCUUCUUCGUAGAGGGUGCUGUUUACAUGUGUAUGGAGUACAUGGACGGAGGUUCUCUUGAUAAAAUCUACGGCGAUGGUGUCCAUGACGAAGCUUGUCUUGCUUACAUCACUGAGUGUGUGAUCCGUGGUCUCAAAGAAUUAAAAGACACGCAUAACAUCAUUCAUCGUGACGUCAAACCAACCAACAUUCUUGUUAAUACCAAGGGAAAAGUGAAGUUGUGUGACUUUGGUGUCAGUGGUAAUCUUGUUGCGUCAUUGGCAAAGACCAACAUUGGUUGUCAACUGUACAUGGCACCAGAGAGAAUACGAACUGCUAACCCCGAUGAUGCUACGUACUCAGUUCAGUCUGAUGUGUGGUCUCUUGGUUUGACAAUACUUGAGGUGGCCGCUGGCAGAUAUCCAUAUCCUCCAGAAACAUUUGAUAACAUCUUUCUGCAAUUGAGUGCUAUUGUUGAUGGAGAGCCUCCAAAGCUAGAUGAACAAAUCUUCUCCAAAGAGGCUCGUAUGUUUGUCAAGUCCUGCUUGAAUAAGAACCCAGAUCUCAGACCAUCGUACGAGGUACUUUUGCAACUGCCAUGGCUUCAGAAAUAUCGCGGUGUCGAUCCAAUGAUGGGAAGCGUAGUGCAAAAGAUCCUCACAGAGAAGAAGAAUAGCAAUCCUAAGGUUGCCACAGCCCCUGCUGCCAACUCUGCUGCCGCACUUAUAGGCAGAGAAAGCGUGCAUUCUCUUCUUAAAAACAAGGUCAAUGCACCAGCCCUUCAUCGUGGCGGGCCCCCAGGUCAAAGAUUCGGUCGUAAUAGAUAA